AUGACCCACUCCUGUUGCUCCCCUUGCUGCCAGCCCACCUGCUGCCAGUCCACCUGCUGCCAGUCCACCUGCUGCAGGACCACCUGCUGCCAGCCCACCUGCUGUGAGUCCAGCUGCUGCCAGCCCUGCUGCCGCCCAACUUGUCAAACCACCUGCUCUACCACCUGCUGCCAACCAACUUGUGAAACCAGCUGUUGCCAACCUUCCACUUGCAGCACACCCUGCUGCCAGCCCACCGGCUGUGAGUGCAGCCCCUGCCAGCCUUGCUGCCCCCCUACUUACUGCUGCCAGCCAGCUUGCUCUGGCCCCGUGUACUGCCAUAGAACCUGCUACCACCCAACCACCGUCUGCCUGCCUGGUUGCCUUCCCGAGAGCUUUGGGUCCAGCUGCUGCCAGCCCUGCUGCCGCCCAACUUGUCAAACCACCUGCUCUACCACCUGCUGCCAACCAACUUGUGAAACCAGCUGUUGCCAACCCUGCUGCGAAUCCAGCUGCUGCCAACCUUCCUGCUGCUGA